GGGUUUGGAAAAAAAACAAACAAACAUAAUAAUAAAUUCACCACGACCCCUGUUGGAGUGUAAUACCCAAAUGCCUUUAGCAACAUCAUGCACCUGGACGCGAUACCGUCCACAGGGGCUGCAUUGUAGUUUUCGAGUUGUCCUGCAAGGGCAUGCAAUUAAAGACGUUCAGGUCAUAGCAGAGAUUGCUUAUCGCCAGUUGCAUGGGGAUGCGAGGGAACAUGUUGAUCUGUACAUAAAUGCAUUCAAGGGUUUCUACUCAGAUCAAAGUGACUUUCCGACAGCAGCUGCGUGGGCAGACUUCUUGCCUUCUGUAGGUAUCUCUGCAUUUUCUGACUGGCAUUUCAUCGAUCAACCCAUUCUGGAUUCUGACCUGCUGAACACAACGACUGCUCCCGAGCCUUCUCAGGAAAACAUUGUUUGGGCACUCAACCAUUGCUACAAAACGUUACAGUUCAGCGGCGCAGGUGACAUAUGGGGCCGCGCAUUGAUGUUGAGAUUUCUAAUUCACCUCGUUGGAGACAUUCAUCAGCCACUUCAUUGUGUGAACCGAUACUCCAAAUCGAAUAUUCAAAAAGGUGGCGAUCAUCGAGGGCAAGACAUCAUGUUGAAGAAUUCGCACAUUGUGACGGUCAAAGAUCUACAUAACUUCUGGUAAGAGCAAAUUACAUCACUUGGUAACAAUUGGCGCAGAAUUUGCCCCAACGA